AUGCCGCGACCCAAGGUUCAUCCCAGUCAGCGAAAGCGCGCGGCAGAAGCAUGCAACUUUUGCCGCAUGUCCAAGAAAAAGUGCAGCGCCACAGUUCCUUGUACCGCAUGCCAAAGACGCGGAAUUGGCCACACUUGCUAUCUCACACACAGCCCACGAGCCUCGCGCUCGACGGCGCACAGAGUACAGGCGUCUCUAGGAGAUGGUUCUCCCGCGACAGAUGCGCUCAGUGCUGGGCGUCGUGCGUCUGGAGCCGAAACCGUCUGGCCGCCCGAUGACAGCGCGCGUUGCUGGGUGCCGCCUGAGCCAGUCAUUCCGUUGGACCCAGACACCUAUCAGCCCAUCUCCCCAUCUGAUUCCAGAGCUGCAGCAACCGAUACAAACAACAUGGAGUCUGAUACGUCACCGCUACUCCACACGGCGCAAAGAGAGAGUCGGGCGCUGGGGAGAGAGUCUCAUGCGCGCAUGUUGCUGAAUCUGAGAGGAGAGCGAGGCAAGCCCGGCGUCCUAUCCUUUGUCCGUGACACUGUAGCAGCUCAAAUCGGGCCAUCGCAAUUUUCCCACAAUGAUCGGAGCGAAACGAUGCUGGAGAAUGAGCCUGCGAUCAACGGCUCCAAUGUAGCGACGCCCGGCUUGAUAGAGCUAGAUGAGGACCAGCGCAGCUCUUAUAUAGACUUGUUUCAUGCAGCUACUGGGGGCUUCUUGGAUUUGUUUUCCCGCGAGGAACUCAAGCAACUGUCAUCAGUCCCGAGUCCAGAGCUAUCUGAAUACAGAUACCGUCACAUUGAGGCUGUUGCCUCGGCUGCAAUUGCGAUUGGGUCGCAAUGCAAAUCAUCGCUCGAAUCGCAGCAAACCAGCCAAGCAUACUUUCGUCAUGCUCAACGAAAAGCUUUCUCAGGCAUGCUAGAAGAUCCAAACAUUGACAUUGUGCGGGUUUUUCUGCUCAUGGCAUAUUAUAUGCUCGGUUCGUGCAGAAGAAACUCUGCAUUCAUGUAUUUGGGAAUCGCGUCACGCGCCGCAGUGUCGCUUGGACUCCAUAGCAAGGACACCUACGACGACAAUAGCGCGCAUCGCAAUAACCGGCCUGCCGCAACAUCGGGCCUCAGAGCCGAAGUGGACGAGUCACAUAUCAGUGCCCUUGCCAAUCACGAGGAAGAAGAUACAGCAGCUCUUUUUGCUGUGUACGGGAUUCUUUCUAUAACAACUGACGUUGUGGAAAAUCUGUACAAGAAGAAAAGACCGUCGGUGGCGCUGAUUGAACGAGCAUUUGCUAGGAUCGAGGACUGGAGUCGAGCAAUACCCAAAUCGAUGCGUGCUAGGCCGGACCCAACAUUGCGCGACACGGCCAAUCGUCAGGAUGUCUACAAAUUGCAUAUAUCUUGUUUAUACUAUUUCGCUGUGACGCUCGUCUCACGGCCGAUUCUCAUAUCACAGCUUACUUCUCAGUCGAAUGCGUCCUCGAUUACGCUGUCGCCGCUGGCAUCGGCGUGCCUGGAUGCGGCAGUCUUUCUUGUACAAACCUGCACAGAUGCUAAAAAAUCAGACAACUUGUUUGGAAGUCUGUGUAUCAUCAAGGCUUUGGUGUUUGCCGCCGGGCUGAUUCUUGGAUUCGACAUGUUUGCCAAGCGCGAACUGGAUUUCGAGAUUGAAAGCGCGUUUGCGGGUGCAAGAGAGAUACUCGACUUUAUUGCUGAGCAGAGCUCCCAGGCGGCCCAUUACGCCGAGAUACUUGGGCUGCUGUCCAGCGCGAUAGCCGAGCAACGCCGUAAAACGGCAUCGCAAGGUCGAAGCAAGCUCGUCAGUCGGCUAUUCUCUUCCAGUGGAGAUGAUGCAACCGCUCAGGGUGAUGAUGUUUCAUUUCGGCCAUCUGAAGGGCAUUGGCUCUUGGGACAGCCGCCGACGCUGUCUGCCGAGUUGGAAAGUGAUUUUAUAGAAGGAUUGGAUGUUUUGGAUCUGUCGCAGUGGGAUAAUUUCCCAUUCAACAGCCCUCGGAGUUUCGCAAACGAGGGGUAG